CCCACACAGGCUUACAAAACGUAAGUAGAAACCAUGGGCAGUGGAGGAGAUUUCACUGUAACUGUGACCAGGAAAGAUAUAGUUGCAGCGGUGCUGCCUAUUCUGGAGUAUUGGCUACCACUCUCCAACCUGGAUUUGCUUUUGCCUCCACUAGAUGUUAGCGUGUUUUUAUGUUACAAGAAGCCCCAUGAGAGUGUCAAUGGAGGUGAAAACUUCACCUUUGGGUCCAUGGUCAGGGUUCUGAAGGAAGCCAUGGCCCAAGCACUGGUGCCCUACUAUGCUUUUGGAGGAGAAGUUUUGUCGAACUCAUUGGGUGAGCCUGAGCUUCUCUGCAAUAACCAUGGGGUUGAUUUCCUGGAGGCUUACGCAGAUGUAAAGCUAAAAGACCUCGACUUGUAUAACCCCGACGAAAGUAUUGAAGGCAAGCUUGUCCCUAAGAAAAAGCAUGGCGUUCUCUCUGUCCAGGUAACUGAGCUCAAAUGUGGUGGAGUUGUGGUUGCCUGUACGUUUGAUCAUCGGAUAGCAGAUGCAUAUUCUACCAAUAUGUUCUUAGUUUCAUGGGCUGAGAUCGCUCAAUGCAAGCCAUUAUCCGUAAUACCGUCUUUUCGGCGCUCUCUCCUCAACCCUCGACAUCCAGGAUCCUAUGAUCCGUCCAUUGACAACAUGUACAUCCCCUACUCAGCCUUACCUCCUCCCAGAGCUCAGCAGCGCCAAGCUGAUCCUCUCAUAAGCCGCCUUUUCUAUGUCAUGGCUGAACAGAUCAUUCUACUCCAAACACUAGCCAUCAGCAAGGGUAGCUCCUACAGGAGGACUAAACUAGAGUCUCUCACUGCAUUUCUGUGGAAGAUGGUGGCCAAAAGUGCUGCAGUGGUAGGAAAUUCAAACAAACAGAUAUGCAAGAUGGGCAUUGUGGUGGACGGAAGACAGAGGUUAAGCAUUGGAGACGAGGAUAAAGAAACAGCCAUGGCAUCUUACAUUGGAAAUGUGCUGUCCAUCGCCAUUGGUGAGAAGACAAUACAUGAGUUGAAAGAGAAACCAUUGAGUUGGGUGGCAGAUGCGGUUCAUGACUAUCUGGAAGGGGCAGCGACAAAGGAGCUUUUCUUGGGGCUGAUAGAUUGGGUGGAGGCUCACCGGCCAGAACCGGCUUUAACAAAGAUAUACUGCAGUAGCAGUAGCGAUGAACCAGCAUUCGUGAUGUCAUCAGGGCAGAGAUUCCCGGUGUCAAAGGUGGAUUUCGGGUGGGGUAGGCCGGCUCUGGGAUCAUACCAUUUUCCAUGGGGAGGGGAAACUGGGUACGUGAUGCCAAUGCCAAGUCCGGCCAGAGAUGGUGACUGGGUGGUGUACAUGCACCUCUUGAAAGGCCAGAUGGAUUUGAUUGAGAAGGAAGCUGCUCAUAUUUUUAGGCCUUUAGCAUCUGAGUAUCUUAAAUUAUAGAUCAUAUACCUGCCCUCUGUUAGCAAUAUACAUGAAAGUUC